GCAUGCGAGUUUAAUGCGUCAACUUUCAACCGCGCCGGCCAGCGGUAGUGACUUUGUUAUUGGGCCUACUUUGCAGUAACAACGUAUAAUUACAGUAUUAUGUUAUUUUGACACAUAACAGAUUUAGUUGUGCAAAUUUACCCGCAGCUUAUAUAUUUUACGGAUAUUGUAAAAUAAGCAAAUAUUAAAAAUGAAUAUUCGCAAUGCCCGGCCAGAGGAUUUGAUGAACAUGCAGCACUGCAACCUGCUAUGUCUUCCAGAAAACUACCAAAUGAAGUACUACUUCUACCAUGGACUGUCUUGGCCACAGCUGUCCUAUAUAGCUGAGGAUGAGAAUGGGAAGAUAGUUGGAUAUGUUCUGGCCAAAAUGGAGGAAGAUCCAGAUGAUGUGCCUCAUGGACAUAUUACAUCAUUAGCAGUUAAGCGUUCCCACAGAAGACUUGGUCUGGCACAGAAGUUAAUGGACCAGGCCAGUCGAGCCAUGAUUGAGAACUUUAAUGCCAAAUAUGUAUCUCUUCAUGUUAGAAAAAGCAAUCGGGCAGCCCUUCAUUUGUACUCCAACACACUUAAAUUUCAAAUAAGUGAGGUAGAGCCAAAAUAUUAUGCAGAUGGUGAAGACGCAUAUGCAAUGAAGAGGAACCUUACACAGAUGGCAGAUGAGCUGCAGAAACCUGGUGUGCGCCUGUGGGGAUCUGAGGUACCUCAUUCACAAACAGCUGCAGUCACAGAGCUGGUGCAGAAACUGUCAAUGCAGGAUGGAGAGAAGGAGGGUGAUGGAGACAGUGGAGGAGAGAGCAAAGAGAUGAGUGAAGUAAGCGAGGCUACUGAAAGCACAGAUGUGAAAGACUCCUCCUCUGAUUCCUAAAUGGCAUCAGACUAUUGGAAGACCUCUAUCCUUCCACAACAUCUCAUCCUAGGAUUCUACAUUGGUUUACUAAAAGUGGUUAAUUAGGCUAUAUUAUCAGUGAACAAAGAGACAAACUGCUAAAGGUAUUCAUGACUUUAGAAAUAUUUCUACACAGUAACAUGCUAAUAAAAUUUGACUUUGAAUAAAAUCUUUUGUAUUUCAA